UUCUCUAAUGCAGUGAAAGAGACCACACAGCUCGCCGGCUUCAUGAAAUUUAUAAACAUUUUAUUUAUUCUGUACAGGAGGUGAGCUUUGCCAAAAACUGCGUUACUAUGGAAAGGAAUCCGGUGCAAGGUCCCGUUUACAACCAAUAGAACAACAGAAUCCAUAAUGAAGAGAGGAGAAGCAGAGGGGAGCUGAGGGAGUUUUGGAGGAGGGGUCUCUGUGCGUAAAACACCAGAGGGACAAAGGCACGCAGCAGAUACGGGACAUCAACGUGAAGAUUCUAAACCAAAGGUGAGAAGUUAAAUGAUUGCGCACUCGCAGAGGAAUCUGAUGUCUUGGGUCAGAUCUUAUGGAGACCUGUUGAGCUUAAUUUCUGAUUUCAUUUCGUGUGAGGCACAGUUGGCUGAACUUUAAAAAAAUGUUACUUAGUUUAUCAGUUCGCUUUUUGGCGCGCAUCAAAGGACUGAACUUAUGGGCGCGCAGUUAAUGUUUGAAUGAUAGAUAUGGAGAGCUGCUGCCUUCGCGUCGCGUUUCUUCUCGCGUCUUUAUUGAUGCUCGAUGCGCAGAUGCUAUGUUGGCAGGCGCUUCUCACGUGUCACAGAGAGCGAGACUGCGAACUCGCGUAUGAUCAAUACCUCACCGCGUGCGAUGCGAACAUCCGCGGGGACCGGGGUCACUGUCCGAGCCACUGCAUCAGCGCGCUCAUCCGACUCAACCAGACCACUGACGGGCCUAACUUGGAGAACUGCGACUGCGGGAGAGACGCAGAGUGCCUGCGCACCAAACGCGCUAUCGAACCGUGUCUGCCGCGAACGCAUCCCGGUGGCGCGCACGGGAUUGGCUGCACAGAAGCGCGGCAGCGUUGCGAGGACGAGCCUGGCUGUCAGUCGUCUCUGACGGCUUAUCUUUCCCGUUGCGGUCAGCUGUUUAACGGGAGAAAAUGUUCAUCCCGGUGUAAAGCGACUAUAGAGGAGCUGCUGGUCAUGCCGAACGGGAUGAUGCUGAACGAAUGCGUCUGUGAUGGACUCGAGCGGCCUUUCUGUGAGGUGGUCAAACAAAACAUGUUGAGACUUUGCUCGAUUGGAGGGUUUUCUGUUGACCAUGAUGUCAUGGAUGAUAUAUACGAGGACGAGGAUUAUGAGACGAAAGCAGAGAGAGAUGUGACGGACUCGUAUGCGGUGAUGUCCACGUGCAGUGCCAUCGCUGGUUCUCGACAGGUGCUUUUACUUUGCGCAUUGUUUGCGCUCAUCUGUGUACUGUAGUAGGCAACACUCAAUGGAUUGAAAGUGUUCUUACCAAACCCACAGGCCACUGAUGUUUGUCCAGACUGAAGGAUUUUGCAAGACACAAACUCACUGCAGUCUUUUGAUUGGAUUUCAUCACGACACGACUUUUCUGUGGUGCUUCAAGUCUCUUUAUUCAGUAAGAUCUUUGACAAACGAUCGGCUGUGUGUUGCCAGCAGUCUUUCAUUGUCCCCACAUCACACUUCAAAUAUUUGCAGUGUGUGUCCGCUUAAAGGAGUUUGUGUUGGGAUCAAGUGCUUCAUUUAAGUGAAGAGGCUCUUCAGAAGCUGUUAAACACUUUCACUCCACUGCUGGCUUCUCCUGGUGUCAUGAUUCAAUGAUGCUCAUUAAAAACAAGUCUGGUCUUGGUCUAUAGUCCUGGUCUUGGUCUAUAGUCCUGGUUUUAGUGCUGGUUUGAUGCUAACAUGUAUCAACACAAGUUUUGCAUCUUAAACUGCUGAUCACGGACACUGAAGUUUCUGUCUGUAUCUCAAGCAGUUCAAUAUUAAAGGACGGUCAUACUU